AUGUCUUGCAAAAAAGGAGGUAAAUCAAAACGACAUUUUCUUUUAGCUAAGCUCGUUACUGAAAGUGAUAAAAGUGCUCCUUGUGCAUUUUGUAACCGUGAUGUUGACGAUGAAAUUAUUUAUGGCAAAUUAUACUCUAUCGGUGAUAUACAGUGUCAUUAUUUCUGUGUGCUCCUGUCAUGCUGUUUGGUGCAGAAGGGUAAAGACGAGGAGGGCCUUUUUGGAUUCCUUUAUCCGGACAUCAUUGCCGAAAUUGAGAGGAGUAAAAAGCAUAAAUGUUCAUACUGCGGGCGUGAUGGGGCAACAUUAGGGUGCAGUGUGUCGCAGUGCCGCAAGCAAUUCCACCUGCCGUGUGGAAGGGAGAGAAAUGCAGUCUCCCUCUUCUACGGUAACUUUAAAUCAUUUUGUGAGAAGCACGCCCCAAGGCAGAGGCUAAAUGACGAAAUAAUGGCCAAGGUUAAGGUCCGCAAAUCGCAAAGAAAGAAGUUGUCUCCACCAAAAAGCUUAGAGAUAGCAGCGAAUAAUAUGAGUAGUUUGAAUAUAUCAGACGGUGGUAAUGAGAAUCCACCGUGUGUAGAAGCGGAGCCAAACCAGGAGGUUGAGGCGGUCUGCGUGAUAUGCUACGAGAAAGUUGACGGAUAUCCCACUUUGAACACAUUCUGGCCCCCUUGCUGUGCCAGGGACGCCUGGUUCCACCGGAAUUGCUUACAGAGAAUGGCGUUGAGUGCGGGGAUGCAUUAUCUAAAAUGUCCACUUUGCAACCAGAAGGAAGCGUUCUACGAGGCAGUCUUGAGCCAAGGAUACUAUGUGCCGGAUCGUGAUGCAGCUUGGGAGCUGGAACAGAAUGCCUUCGCCGAGAUAUACGAGCGGCCCAUCACCUGCUCGGCCACGGAGUGCGCCUGCCCGAUGGGAAGGGAUUAUGAUGCGGAAACAGGGGCUUGGGAUAUAAAGCUGUGCAUACUGUGCGGCAGCUCGGGAGUGCACGCGCAAUGCGCGCAGGCGGCCGCUGGUGGCGAUGGCAGCGGUGGCAAUGGUGGCAACGGUGGCAACGGUGGCAACAGUGGCAGCGAUGGCAACGGUGGCGGCUGGGAAACGUACUUACGCCACGUGUGCGCCACCUGUGCUCCUGCCGCUCCCGUCGAUCUGGACAAGCUUGUCGUCAGCAUAGACACAGCCGAGGCGCCGGCAGCGGGGGCUGCGCCCGGUAGCGCGCGCGGGCGCCCCAUGCCGUGCCGCAUGUCGCUGCGGCGCACCAAGCAGCGGGCGCUUCGCCACCAGCGGGCUGCCGGUUCGGAGAGCAUGCAUGGCGUUCCACCAAUCCGAGUGGAUCGGGUGGAUCAAGAUACAGAAUCGAGCCGGCUGGAACUGAACCUGAAACCUCCUAAGAAGCCGGACAAGGGCCUCAUUGAGCCGAGCUUGCUGAGGAACGUGGAGAACAAACUUCUGUCGCCCCUUAAGCUGUUGGAGAGGGGCCUCUACGAGAGGAUCUCUGAAGCAGACGUCAAGGAUUUCGAACUGGACCCCGAUGAGCUGAUCGCACAGAUGAGGGAGAGGUUAACUAAGCCAAAGCCCCUCGUGGAGAAGAAGAAGAUCGUCAACGACAUACUAGAGAGUGUGCUGGAGAGCCUGCACAGAGAUAAGAAAAAGACCAAAGAGCCGUUGAAGGAGUGGAACUCACCGAAAAAGUGCCUUGAAAUUGAAGUUGAGGAUGUUGAGGCAAGUCCGAUUCAGUGCAACCAACCAACCGCAGAUCAAACAGAGGAUGCGCAGGAGCUUAAGAAAGAUUAUAACAACCCACCGAUCGCUGUUAAGGAGGAGCCUGAACCGGAGGAAGCUGUACCAGAGACAUCUGAUCACCCACCGAAAGUUGAAGGGGGAUUUCAGCCGAUGGAAACAGAGGAGAAGGAAUAUAAAGAGAAUGUGGAAGAAAUAGUAACAGAGGAGAAGGGGCAUCAAGAAUCAGAGAAAGUGGAGGAGUUUGGCAACUCAAAGGGCAUAUCCAACAGCCUCCCUGACUUCGGCAGCCCGAGGAAAGUUAAGCCGGUGCACGUCCAGGACUCGAGCAUGGAGAUAUCGGAGCACGACCACGCGGUCAGCAUCGCCCUGGUACAGACGGAACCAUUAGAGCGCAGCGCCAGGAGUAGCAUCGCAACGAGCAGUCCCAUGAAAGCUAGGACCUUGUUCAAACUCAGCCCCGUCGAUGGAGUGCUGUCAAACAAGCUGGACAUAGACGUGGAGAGCUUCAAGUGCCGCUACCUCGACGAGGUGGGCGGGCAAUACGAGGCAAGCGCUGGCGAGGAGGGCAGGGGAACCACCAAGAGGAAGCUGCUGGAAGGUGGAGUCGAAGCGGAUGCGGGGAAACGGCAGAAGGGGAGGCGCCAGCGGGCGGGUGCUGCGCCCACCCUCGGCCGCGACGCGGCGAAGGGCCGCAGGCGUCAGGAGCGGAGACUCCGGCUCGUGGUCAAAUGCGCGUUGGUGAGGAAGCGCUUGGUGCAGACCACCAUCCAGAGCUUCUUCCGGCCGAGCCGA